CAAAACCACGUGACCUGAAGUGAAGUACGCUGUAAGGCAUUUAGUUCUCGACAGCCAUCUUGUGUUUUGUUUUCAAUUACACACAAUGUGGAGCCUUAUUAUAUGUUGUAUCAGUGUCCUUGGACUGACCUUUGUCCACUCUGUUGAGAUAGUGGAAGUCGUGGAAGAUGUCCCUAGUACAGACUGUCAAGGGACUCAUGUUGGCUUUGGAUUUUCUGGAGGACACGAGUUCCAUUACGAGGCUCUGAAGAGAAGAUACAAGGACUGUACAUACGUGGAGGGUAAUCUCGAAAUCACCAACCUGGUCAACUCGGCCAACAUAACCUAUGACCUUAGCUUCCUGUCUCAGAUCGAGGUUGUGACGGGGUACGUUCUCAUUGGUCUGUUGGACGUCGAGUUCAUCCCACUGAGGAGUCUCCGGCUAAUCAGAGCGGACAACACAUAUAACAUCAUGGGGGAGGAGUAUGGACUCGUUCUGGCAUUGACCGCAGAGGCUGACGGGAAGGAGUUUCAGAAGGAGAACACUACCGAUGGCGAGGAGCAAGAAAUAUAUAGACACGGACUUGUGGAACUUCAACUUCCAUCACUGAAAGAAAUAUCAAAAGGAAAAGUUUUGUUCUAUAAAAACCCCAUGCUGUGCUUUGUUAACACUGUCAACUGGCACGUAAUCGUCCCAGGGAGAGAGGAUCCCGUCAAUUACGGCGACGACGCCUACAGGUUCGACUGUCCGCUGGAAUGUGAUCCUGCGUGUCGACAGGAAGACGAUUACUCUCACUGCUGGGGACUUAACCCUCUCAUGUGUCAGAGACACGAGGCACCAGUAAGAUGUCAUCCCGACUGUCCAGGGCGUUGCUAUGACGGCUAUAUCCUGGGAUGUUGCCAUCCUGAGUGUGCCAUUGGCUGUUACGGUCCACGUGAUACAGAUUGUGUGCUGUGUAAAUACUUCAAACAUGAAGGGAGGUGUAUCUCGUCGUGCCCGGCUGGUAUUUCGUACAGGAAGGGACAGGAAUGUAUCAGACUGUGAAUGCCCUCAGAUCCCGUGUUUAUUUCUGAAUCAAAAAGUUGUGACAUUUUUUUUUUAAAUCCAUAAUUCAGUUUUUAAAUUCAUAUUUUCAAAAAAAUGACAUUGAAUAGAAUAUUUGUUGAAGAUGUAUGUUGAUAUAUUUUGUAUAUAUUUUGAUAAAAUUAUUGACAUAUUGAGGACAAAAUAUAGGAUCAGCAUUUAUUUCCAUGUCGAUGACAAGAUCGUCAUUCAGCUGUUUGUGGGGGUGUGAACGAGAUGGGUGAUAUUAUAGGGAGCUGUGUUGACACUGGCCGUUAUUGAAGCAAUGUGACUGAGGUAAAUCCAUUUCAACAUCAUAAAUCUCUUUUCCAAAAUAUGUUAGAAAAGAAAUCAACAUCUGCCAGGAAAUGAGGUGAUGAAUGAUAUACAUGUAUAUAUGCAUACUUACGCCAUCAGACUUAUAAAGGUUUGGUUUUGAUAGUAUCCACAAUGUAUGUUGUUUUGUGGGGACCUUAAGUGUGUUGAUAUCCUGUUUUGUAAUAUCUGAACAUGGACUUUUAUAUCCGCAUAAUUUUUUGACGUGUAUAUUUAUUGUUAAACAAUUAAAACUCUAUAUGAACUAUCGGGUGAUGUUUAGAUCCGUGUCCUUGACCUUCGAAUAGGCGUAUGGUGAUAAGGACCGCAGCGUCACUAUGUAGGGGUGAUAAUGUUUUCUAGGGUUGAUAAAUCCUGUUGUUAACCUCAUCCGAACUCAACAAUUGUAUAUCAUUACUAAUUUGUUAUUCAAGUUUGUAGUAGCAGUGUGUUAACAGGGGUACGCAUCAUAAAGGGUUGUUUACAUGGUAUUUUUUCUCCACAUUUUCGAAUAUAUUAAGAUAGGGUAAAAGAUAAUAGAAUAUCUCAGACCUAAAGAAAUACCUUAAAAUCAAAUCGAUAUUUAAAAUUAUGUUAGUUAUUGUAAUUACCGUGAAAAAAAAGGUUUGCUUUAAACUUACAAACAGACUUACUUCUAAAACAAGUCUUUUUGACACUCUCUAUCUAUGUUUAAACAUAUGUUAUUGACACAUAUGUAUAUUAAGGUGCUAUCACCUCUGUGUCUUAUCUAUUAACUCCUAUUGUGUUUCACUCUCUAUAUUUGGGAAGAAAGGGACAUACGAAAUUACAAUUAUAGCACAAUCAUGUUUAUCAGCCAUAAAGAUAUUUUAAACUUCAGGGAUAUUUUGGUUUUCAAGAACACCUAUUCCAAUCAGGGAGAUGACUGGUGUGGCUUGAUAGUUUUGAUAAGAUAUCAGAUGAGUUUUCAAUUUAUUUGAGAUUUUAUAAAAAAAAAAAAAAAGAGGCUUAGCAGUUAUUUUGAAGGCAUGACGAAAAAAAAAGUUAAAAAUUCGAGACGGGUUUCAUGAAAUUUUAUAUGAAAUGAAAACACAUUAAGAUACUUUCUAUCACAUAACUCGGAAAACUUAUCAGGCUUUAAAAUCAAAACGUGAAAUCUAACAGAGACAGCCAUUUUGUUGCGCCAUUCACAACAUUUAUGACGUGGCGUCAUUGGCCAUAUUAUGAAGUCAAAUUCGAUUUCUGACUGGCGCAACAAAUGAGAAACGUUCCACGUAUAUUACAUUAGAGGCGUAAGUUAAUAUUAUUACACGCGCAAUUUAACUGGAUAACAGGCAGGUUAGGUGAUAAAUACAACAUACACAUGUAUUUGUUAACUGACAACAUGUAUUUAAACAUACAUUCAUUUGUUUUACCCACAAAAAUGAAAAUUACAUAAUUGUGUCUUAUUUUUUCCUUUUCUGAAAAUUAUUUAUUUGUCAAUAUAAAUGUAUUUUUAACAAUUAAGCAUUAUUAACUUCGCUUAAUUUGCUAUUUUUAUACCAUGUUUUUUAUUAUUUAAAUACCCCAUACUGUUGUCAAUCAACCGUAGGUCUCCGACGAUGAUCCGUGUAAUACAGUAAUUUUCCUAUGAUAAGCAGUUCUCUAUAAUUACUGCCUAUUUGACACUAGAAACCAACUUCUCUUGAUAUAACUGAGCCCGAAACAUCCAAAGUAUGGCUAUAGUGAAAUCUCAUUUUUUAGCCAAGCGUUACUGUAUUAGGGCUAGGGUUAGUUUGGCCGCGUGUAUUAUUUACAGUGGAAUCAUAAUCCAUGUACCAUAUUAUGAAAUAAAGGAUAAUAAUAAUAAUGUAUGAAACGUAAUAAAAUCUGGUUUAAACUAAAAUAAAGCAAACUGAUAGAGAGAAGAAGGUGCAAUGAAAUUUAAUCGGAAAAUUUAGAUUUUUUUUUUUUCAUUUGUCGUCAUCAUAUCAGGGACGUCCCAGGUCUUCAUUUCGUAAAUGUCUCAUAAAAAGACCGAUCGAGUAAUUGUAACUUUGAAAAUAAAAUAAAAAAAAUCCUCAUAACACCAUUAUGAAUUUAUAAUGCAAUGUUUGUUUUGAAGUAUGUAUAUUUAGUUGAUAUCUGGGUUUGUUUGACCAACGAACAGUAUUGUAACAUACCCUAACUAACUCUUAUGUAUUACUUGUUAUAAGAUUGGCAAUUUAUGUAUUAAACAAAAAUAUCCAGA